UAACUCCGUAAGGGGUCAAAGUACAAUAGAUGGUUUUCCAUCGAAGCGAUUAAGCAAGAGUUAUUUCCCAUUGGCCGCCAUAUUGUAGGUUAACAUGCCCGGAUUCCUUCAUUAUUCAACCAAAAUCAGCCUUGUUAUUCUGGUCACUGAGGUGGAGAUAAACUGCUUUUCUUAUUAAUAUACAUUUGUUAAUGCAUCUUUUACUUCAUAAUUGCAAUAUUGCAAAGAUUUCCCCCCAUAUAUUUCUGCCUUACAUGUUUGAAAUUGGUUGCCUAAAGAAGAAAAUCCACCAGUUUGACCUACAAGAUGGCGGCCAAGGGGAAUAACUCGGGGUCAAAAUACGUCAUACGAAAACCAUCUUUGGGUGAACUGUAUUCGUUUCCCAAGAAGUACUAUAUGAUGGACUAUAAACUUUUUCGAUAAGUCUUAAGACGAAAUUUUUUUUUUUUUGACGGCAGGAAAAUAAUAAACAGAACAAUAACAAUAGGACAUUCCACAGAAAGGUGGAAAGCCCUAAAUAUGAUUAUUUUACUUCCCGGAAUAUCGUUUCGUCCGGUUUAAACUUUAUGAUCUUUCAACGUUGUCUUUAAAGCGUUUGAUUACAUGAAGCUAAGCAUAUGUAAUUUAAGAAAACUUUGUACAUUGAAAGAAAAAGAUGAAGUUGUCAGAAAUUUAGAAAUUUAAGGGUUUUUAAAAGAAACUAUCCACUAUGAGUGCUAUAGACUUAAAAAAUCAAGGAAACAAGCAUUAUGCUGCUAGAAAUUACGAGGCCGCUGUGAACUGUUAUUCGAAAGCCAUUAUAAAAAGUCCAAACACACCAACUUUUUUCACAAAUAGAGCACUGUGUUACUUAAAACUAAAGAAUUGGGAUCAGGCAGUUCAAGACUGCAGAAGAGCUUUAGAUCUGGACAGAUCCACAGUGAAGGGACAUUUCUUUAUGGGGCAGGCUCUUGUUGAGCUAAGUUUGUAUGAUGAAGCCAUCAGCAGCCUUAAAAGAGCUCAUGACUUGGCAAAAGACCAAAAAAUGAAUUUUGGAGAUGACAUAACUUGUGCUCUGCGGAAUGCAAAGAAGAAGAAAUGGAAUAUGAUUGAGGAUAAAAGAAUUCAACAGGAAAUAGAUCUUCAGACGUACAUAAAUAAAUUAAUACGAGAAGACACUGAGAGAAUGAAAAGUGAAGUGAAGAAAACAACAAAUGAAGAAGAUGAUGAGGCAGACAGUAUUUUAAGUGAAAUUGAAGAGGAACAGGACCAGAGGAUGAAGGAUAUGAAUGAUCUGUUUGCACAAGUGGAUGAGAGGAGACGGGCAAGAGAUGUUCCAGAUUUCUUGUGUGGGAAAAUCAGUUUUGAACUUUUACGUGACCCAGUGAUCACACCAAGUGGCAUAACAUAUGACAGAAAAGACAUUGUAGAACAUCUACAGAGAGUGGGGCACUUUGAUCCGGUAACAAGAACUGACUUAACUCAGGAUCAACUCAUUCCAAACUUAUCCAUGAAAGAAGUCAUUGACAAUUUCUUAGAAGAGAAUCCUUGGGCAGAAGACUACUGAUGUUGUACCACCAUAUCUCGCUUAAAGCAAUUCACAGCUCAGCUUUGUUCUCACAGGUUCUCGGUUCUCAAAUCAAUUGUUGGGUUUUACACAUGAUGGGUCUGAUAAUGAUAUGGUGUUUUCAUGUAUCCAGUCAUUCCAUUAUGUUACAGUGUGGCAAACAAUGAGGUCAAAGGUCAUCAUACCUAUAAUCAGCAGAUGCAUCUUAGAAGGGAGACGUGUUGGAGGUCAAAUGUAGGACACACCAUGGGCCGGAAAACUGACCAGUCAGCAUGGGUCUGUCUAUUGUGGAUUUUAUAUUUACAUGUACUUUUAAUAUCCAACACAUUUAUAUAGUUUAUUUAUUGACAAGACUGCUGAGCGAAUAUAUCUAAAAAUCACAUGAAGCAAAGAUUUAUUAAAAAUCACACUUUCAUAAAUGUUCUAUAUACUCCUACCUAUUACACAGAAUUUCACUUUGUGCAGGUCAUAUUUUAUUUCCCAUUAUCCAACAGAUGUUGGAUAAAAUUAUGCUAUGUAGUUUUUUACGAGAUGGCAAUAUAUAAUGAAGACAUAUUGGUCAAAUCUUGCACAUUGCGAGGCCUUAAACCAGUCGAAAAAAUACACCUUGGGAGGUUACUGUGUCUCUGUCCAAAAGUAGAAAAUGAUCACCUCACGACAGAUUUUAAUAUAACAUACAUUCCAAAAUUAUCUUCCCAGGUUAGUUCAAAUGUCAAGAAGACAGUAGUUGUAUGAGCAGCUUUGCCCCAGAUUUUGGAAAAGUGUAUCAUGUGCAUUGUAAUGGGCGUCAUUGUAGAUAUAGGAAGGGAUUUUUCCAGAGGAAUAUUUGAUGUGUCAUUUCAAGCACCUUUUAAUAUGUUGUUAUAAAAAUAAAAUACACUAUUAUGAUUAUCAAUAUAAUAGAUUACCAAUGAAUUCAAGCGUUUACCAGUCAUACAUGUAUUUGUAAUGAUAAGGUGCUUUUAUGCAAUUUUAAUUAGCAUUCUCUGAAGAUGUUGUUAUGACUUAAUUAUGAUUAGUGCAUGUGGUACAUCAGAUUACCAGAUGUGUAUGAAUAAUUUAUGUGUGUAAUUUUCACUUCUCCAAAAUGAUUUACUUAUACAUGUAUAUUAUCAUUGUGUGGAAAUCUAAUUCGACAAUUUUGUCUUGUUGAGUUUUAUCAGACAUAAGAAAUAUGUCCAUAUAUACUAUAUGUCCAUUUAUACUAUGUGUAUGCAGGUACAGUGUAUAUGAAAUUUUUCAUAAGAGCGUAAUUAUUUAUUAAGGCAACCUUGAUAACCUUACAGAAAAAUAAAAAUGUUGCACAUGUA